AUGUCACCUCAGACUCUUUAUGAUAAAGUGUUUCAAGACCAUGUAGUCCAUAAGGAUGAAUCUGGGUCGUAUCUCAUUUAUAUCGAUAGACACUUAGUGCAUGAAGUUACUUCGCCACAGGCUUUCGAAGGUUUAACUAAUGCUGGUAGAAAAGUUAGAAGAACUGACUGUACUUUAGCUACUGUUGAUCACAACAUUCCAACAGUCUCAAGAGCAAACUUAAAGGAUCUUGAUUCCUUUAUUGAACAAGAUGAUUCAAGAUUACAAGUGAAAACUUUAGAGCAAAAUGUUAAGGACUUCGAUGUCACUUACUUCGGUAUGACUGAUGACAGACAAGGUAUAGUGCACAUUGUGGGCCCAGAACAAGGUUUCACAUUACCAGGUACUACCGUCGUUUGUGGUGAUUCGCAUACAUCCACUCACGGUGCCUUUGGUUCCUUAGCUUUUGGUAUUGGUACUUCAGAAGUAGAACAUGUUUUAGCUACUCAAACUAUCAUUCAAUCCAAGUCCAAGAAUAUGAGAAUUUUAAUUAAUGGUGACUUAAAUGAAGGUAUCACCUCUAAGGAUCUUAUCUUACAUGUUAUUGGUGUCAUUGGUACUGCCGGUGGAACUGGUCAUGUUAUAGAAUUUGCUGGUAAGGCAAUUCAAAACCUUUCUAUGGAAGCAAGGAUGUCUAUUUGUAAUAUGGCCAUUGAAGGUGGUGCUAGAGCAGGUAUGAUUCAACCAGAUGAAACUACUUUUGAAUACAUAAAGGGAAGACCAUUAGCACCAAAGGGUGAGGAAUGGGAAAAGGCUGUUACUUACUGGAAAACUCUUCACAGUGAUGACGGUGCCCACUUCGAUAGUGAAGUCAUUAUCGAAGCUAAGGACAUUGUUCCAACAAUCACUUGGGGUAAUUCUCCACAAGACGCAUUACCAAUUACAGCAUCAAUCCCAGAUCCAGCAUUAGUUGAUGAUCCAAUUAAGAAAUCUGGUAUGGAAAGAGCAUUAAAGUACCAAGGUUUAACUCCAAACACCCCAUUACAAUCCAUUACAAUCGACAAGGUCUUCAUUGGUUCCUGUACCAACGCUAGAAUUGAAGAUUUAAGAGCUGCUGCUAAGGUUGCCAAGGGCCACAAGAAGGCUGACAACGUCAAGUUGGUCUUAAUUGUUCCAGGUUCUGGUCUUAUCAAGAAGCAAGCUGAAAAGGAAGGUCUUGACAAAAUUUUCGAAAAGGCUGGUUUUUCAUGGAGAGAAGCUGGAUGUUCUAUGUGUCUUGGUAUGAAUCCAGAUAUCUUAAACCCAGAAGAAAGAUGUGCAUCGACUUCGAACAGAAAUUUCGAAGGUAGACAAGGUUUUGCUUCAAGAACUCAUUUAAUGAGUCCUGCUAUGGCCGCUGCAGCAGCUAUCAAGGGUCAUUUCACUGAUAUCAGAGAGUUUGACUAUGAUUCUAGUGAUGAGCCUUCAGUUACUAUUGGUGUUAACGAAGACAAGGAAUUACAAGAUGCUGUGUAUGCACACGAAAAGCAACCAAUUGCUGAAACUGAAUCUGAAAAGGAAGAACAAAUCGAUGACAUUCCAAUUUCUUCCCCAGUUUCCGAAACAGCUCCAACAACAAACGGUAAGGCUGCCGCUGGUGAAGCUGCAGGUAUGGACCCAUUCGUUGUCUUGAGUUCCAUUGCUGCCCCUCUUGACAAGGCUAACGUUGAUACUGAUGCUAUCAUUCCAAAACAGUUCCUUAAAACUAUUAAGAGAACUGGUCUUUCUGCUGGUUUAUUCUACGAAUUAAGAUUCGAAAAGGAUGCCAACGGAAAGGACGUUGAAACUGACUUCGUUUUAAACGUAGAACCUUAUAGAGCUGCUGAAAUCUUGGUAGUUACUGGUGAUAACUUUGGUUGUGGAUCAUCCAGAGAGCAUGCACCAUGGGCAUUAAAAGAUUUUGGUAUCAAGUGUAUUAUUGCUCCAUCUUUUGGUGAUAUCUUCUACAACAAUACUUGUAAAAAUGGUUUAUUACCACUUAGAGUACCACAAGAAGAAAUUCAAUCCAAGUUAUACCCAGUAGCUGCUGCAGGAAAGAAGUUGACUGUCGAUUUACCAAAGCAAGAAAUUAGGAAUGAAGAUGGUGAAGUCUUAGUAAACUUUGAUAUCGCUUCUUUCACCAAGCAUUGUUUAGUAAAUGGUUUGGAUGAUAUUGGCUUAACUUUACAGAAGGAAGAAUUCAUUUCUAAGUACGAAGCUAUGAGAAAGGUAAAAUUCUCUUUCUUAGAAGGUGGUUCCAAGUUAAUCAAACCAAUCAAGGGUGCCAAGAAGUCUGUCUAUGGACUUAAAGCUCAAGAAUGGUGA